AUGGACAGUAACACCUCCAACGCCGCAAUGAAGUCCACUCCCAGUCUGGGCAUCACUUUCGGCGCGUUUUUGGUAGGUACUUUCGUUGCCUCCAUACAAUACGGAUUUUUGUGUCACCAAGUUGCCAACUAUUUCAACAGGUUCCCGCAGGACUCGCGGUGGCUGAAAUACCAUGUGAUCGUGGUCUUGUCCCUGAGCACGGUGGUCGUCGCGCUCUGCAUGCACGUCAGCUACCAUUACCUGGUGUCCAACUUCUUCGACCCUCAGCGACUUGAAGUUAGCGUCUGGUCUUUCAAUCUGCUCGGUCUUUUCGCGGCGAGUCAAGCAUAUCUGCUUGCAUUGACCACAUUUUCGCUAAUCUCUUCGGUGCAGGGAGCUCUGGCGUCCACAAGCGAGAUGUUCUUCAUCAGACGAGUAUACUUGAUUGGUCGGAAGUUUCGUCCUUUGGUGGCACUUGCGAGUUUCUUCGUAGCCGGGGAAUGGAUACUCGGAAUCACGGCUUCAAUCCGGGGUUUCUUGAACUCAGACGCGAAGUCUGGUUACGGAGACGCCCUCUUGUCCUCCAUUGGAGCUCUCUGCAUGAUAUCUGCGGACGUUCUGAUCACCUCCACGCUCAUCGUGACACUCCGGCAAAGUCGAACAGGGAUCAACCAAACGGACUCCAUCCUUGACCGUUUGGUGCUCUACGCCGUUAACACUGGCUUGUUGAUGACGUUAUUCAACAUUGUCUCGUGUGCCUUUGGCUUCGUGCUUCCCGGAAACUUGAUAUACGUCGGUAUAUCCAUAUCAGACAUUCUAUUGUACGGAAACUCAGUGAUGACGGCGUGCGUCCUCAAUGCGAUGACUGCGCCACCUUGA